GCAGGGAAUACGGUCGGGCAAAGCACUCAUUUAAAUAUUUCAUUGGAAGGUGUGUUGUGGGAGGGAGUGGAAGAGAUUUGAUCCUAAGUAAAAAAGGAGGAGGAGGGCCAGGAAACUAGAGCUCAAGUGCAUUGAGUGUAUGAGCAAGUGGGAAGCACGACCAGCGGCAGAUUCCUAUUGAAACCAUUGCUGUGGAAGUGACUCCAAAUAUAAUAACAAUACAUGAAAAGAGUUUAUAUUUUACAUUUAUCCUUCUCAUCUUAAGGAAAAUAAGGAAACAUGUCCCUUAUGGCAAACGGAAACGUCGUUGAUGAGUACUGUACUAUCUUUCUGAGGGUACUAAGCAUGUAUACAGAAGUAUGAAAAGGACAUUUUAAAGGAACAAUUUGAAGAUGCAUUUGAAAAUAUCCCAGCGGCGUCCAAAAUGGACCUCCGGCAUGCGCUCGAAGAAUGUACUGUGGCUCUGAAUUUAUUUCUGAACAACAAAUUUUCAGAAUCUCUGGAAUUACUACGACCAUGGGCAAAAGACAGCGCAUAUCAUGCUCUCGGAUACAGUACCAUCUUAGUUAUGCAGGCAGCAAUGACCUUUGAGCCACAGGAUAUCCAGAUGGGAAUUAGUACAAUGAAGGAUGCUUUGCAGACAUGUCAGAGGUUUAGGAAAAGAAACACAGUGGUUGAGUCUUUAUCAAGUCUAGUAUCCAAGCAAGCAGGGGAUAAUCUUUCUGAAGAGGAGAUGCAUGCUGAGAUCUGUUACGCCGAGUGUCUCCUGCAGAAGGCUGCCUUGACAUUUGUGCAGGAUGAAAACAUGAUCAAUUUUAUCAAAGGUGGACUCAAAAUUAGGACAAGUUAUCAAAUAUACAAGGAAUGUCACCAACUUCUACAUUCAGCGACGACCCUGGACAAUAAAUUCCCCAGUGAAACAUACCAUCAGUUUGAAGGGGGCGUAAAACUUGGUAUAGGAGCCUUUAAUUUGAUGUUGUCCCUUUUACCUUCAAGAAUUCUUAGACUGCUGGAAUUCAUUGGAUUUUCUGGCAACAGGGAGUUGGGUCUUUCUCAGCUACGGGAAGGGGCAAAUGGGACAAGUAUAAGAGCAGUACUGUGUGUGCUCACCCUCUUGUUCUACCAUACCUACAUCUCUCUAAUCCUUGGUACCGGAGAAGGUAAUCUUAAUGAAGCGGAUACACUACUUGAACCCUAUAUCAAGAAAUUCCCCAAUGGUUCUCUUAUUUUGUUUUACGCUGCCAGAAUAGAUGUUCUUAAGGGCAAUUUUGAAAAGGCUGAGAUGACCUUCCAACAAUGCAUUGUGGCCCAGCAGGAGUGGAAACAAAUCCAUCAUCUGUGCUAUUGGGAACUGAUGUGGUGUUAUUCCUUCCAGCAAGACUGGCUCCAAGCAUAUCGUUAUGCAGAUCUCCUUUGCAAGGAAAGCAAGUGGUCUAAGGCAAUCUACGUGUUUCAAAAAGCAGCAAUUCUGAGCAUGCUCCCUGAUGACGAUGUUAAAGCAACAGGAGAGGAUAUAGUCUCAUUAUUCAGGGAAGUGGAAGGUUUGAAACAAAGAAUUGCUGGAAAAUCUAUCCCCACUGAAAAGUUUGCUAUCAGGAAGUCCCGACGUUAUUCCUCCUCAAAUCCUGUAAAACUGGUUUUACCAGCCCUGGAAAUGAUGUAUGUAUGGAAUGGCUUCACAAUUGUGGGUCGGAGAUCUGAUCUCACUGAGAGUUUGUUGGUUACCAUUGAAAAAGCAGAAGUCGUUUUACAGAAUGAGACAAACCCAACAGAAUACUCUGUAGAUGAUCAGUGCCUUGUUCAGUUGCUGAAGGGUCUUUGCUUAAAGCAUUUGGGUAGAUUAUUACAGGCAGAGCUUUGUCUCAAUCAAGUAAUACAAAGUGAGAAGAGACUGAAGUAUGAUCACUACUUGCUUCCGUUUACCUUUUAUGAGCUGGGGCUGUUGCACAAACAGCAAGGAGAUUUUGACAAAGCAAUCAGAUAUAUUGAAACAGCAAAAAACAACUAUAAAGACUACUCAAUGGAAUCCCGAUUACACUUUAGGAUUCAUGCAGCACUCAGCAGUCUGAAAGGCUCCCCAGCAUCAACUCCGUGACAUAAUGUGAAUGGCAGUUUGUAUGGAGGCAUUUCAGAUGUUAGAUUCUGUGAAUGUAAUCAUGUUGAAGGAAAAGAAGACUUCUAAACUAGAUGAUUUAUAACUGUAAUGACUGUUAUCCUGUGUCAUUUGAUCUGUUGUUCCAUUUAGCUAUUUUCUAUGGUGAUUGUACUAUAAAUAUAUAAAUAUAUAUAUAUAAAUAUAUACAACGUUCUAUACUUUAAAAGUACAACUGAAGAAAUAAAGUUUAUAUAUAUUUUGUUUCAUCAAAGAGAAUAAUUUAUGUCCAUUCAGACUUGAAUAAGACACUUGCUGAUGCAAUAAAGUCUGAUUUAAAAAAAG